AUGGAUAAAGCAAUUGACAGUAGAAACAUCGGUGCUGACACGAUUGUCAAAGACAAUCCUACAUCAAUCAGAAGGUUGCUACGAGAAUUUUGUGGCUAUACAACCGCCCAUGGUCUCGGUCGACUUUCAGAGGGCAAGAAUAUGAUCAGCCUUUUGACAUGGAGCUUGUUUUGCAUCGGAGCGUCCACCAUGUUUGUGCUGCAAGUGUACAAUUUAUUUCUUAUAUACUUAAGCCGUCCUGUUUCCACCGUGGUCAAGGUUGAACAUGAAAGUCGCGCUCAGUUUCCCGCUGUGACCAUAUGCAACAUGAAUACGCUGCGAAUUGGAGAGCUUCCUGACAGUUACAUAAAGGAUAUACUGGAAGCUUACACGCCAUACGUGAAUGGAUCACAUUGGGAUGAACAAACUAGCAACACAUCAGCUAAUGCGAGCUUUUGGGAAGACGAUUUCUCCUUUGAGUCUUCUGGAGAGGAAUAUAUCGUCGAUGACGAGGAGUCUGUCUAUUUUGGAAGUUCAGCUGAGGAAGCCAAAGGGCUUGAAUAUCAGAUUGAAGAAGCUCUACUCGCCAAGGUAGCACAAGAGAAUGAUUCCACGCUGUUUGCGACGGGACAUCAGUUCAAAGAUUUUGUGUUUGAUUGCUCAUACAGAGGAUAUGAUUGCAGUAACUACAUAAGAUACUGGCAUACCUUCUGGGACUUUCGCUUUGGCAACUGUUUCACUUUUAAUGGUGGAAUCAACGACUUUGGUGAAAGCCAGAAAGUCUUACAUUCGUUCAACACUGGACCUGCUGGAGGUAACGUGAGAUCGGUGGUUUAUUGA